AUGAGAGUGUUACUCUCGACAUUAUUGGUGUUACUAGUAACAACUAAUUUUUGUUAUGCUAAAUUUCCAAAAAUCUACUCUACUGAUUCUGAAGAUGUUGCUAAUUUAAAAAAAUUUCACCAUACAUGGAGUAUGGAUAAAGAUAUUAUAUAUAAUCAUGAUAUGAUUAAAACUUUCCCUUUUUCUAAUACAUCUAAAGAUGAUACUUCUCAUGCUAAAUCAUUUUAUACUAAUGGUUGUACUACUCCUGGAUAUACAGGACAAAAUUGUGAAUUUCCAAUUUGUGAAAAACAUGGAAAUCCUGAUUUUAGUCAUCAAGUAGAAAAUGUUAUGAUUGAUUUUGCAUACUAUAAAACAUGUAAUGUUUCAAUGCCAAUAUAUAUAGAUUAUCAUAUGUUUGAAUUUAAUGUUGAAAUACAAACACCAGGUAGUCAACAUCCAAUUGUAUUUUUAUAUGAUUCAAAUGGUACACAAAUUGUUCCAAAUAAUGUUGAUACAACAGAUCCAUCAAGAUCAAUUUUUUCUUUUGAUUAUCAAUUAGCUGGAACAUAUCAAUUAGUUCCAUUAUCAGAUUUACCAUCAGAUGGUUGUUAUGUUCAUGUUUCUGGAGUAUCAGAAAUGGAUAUACAUGUUGGUUUUCUUCCAUAUACAGCAAAUGAUCAAACACCUGAAAGAAAUGAUUUCCCAGAACAAAAAGUUUAUAAAAAUUCAUUAAAUCUUGUUGUUGCUCAUCCACAUGGUCUUAUUUCUCCAGGUUCUGUUAAAGCAAUAACACUUUAUCAACAAUAUAAUAUAAUGACAAGACCACAAUUAAUGAAUCUUCGUUAUGGUUGUGCCUAUGAAUAUUAUUUUAAUGGUCUUUGGUGUACAGAUACAGGAUAUUAUUAUGCUAAAGUUUCUGGUUAUGAUUUCUAUGGAUUUUCUUUUACAAGAGUUGUUACAUUUAAAUGUGAAAUUAAUCCUAAUCCUCCUGUUACUACAACAAAAGCUCCACCAGUACCAGUAACAGCAUGUCAAAAUAAUGGUACACUUAUAAAUACUGGAACUACAUUAUCAUGUUACUGUAAUGGAUUAUUUACUGGUCCAGAUUGUUCAACACCAAUAUGUUUAAAUUCUGGUGUACCAACAGUAGAUGGAAAUUGUAUGUGUAUGGAAGGAUAUACUGGUAAUCAAUGUCAAGAUGUUCGUUGUAAAGAUGAUACUGGUUUUAAUUUUCCAAAAGAUCAUCCAACACCAAUUUUUAUUAUUCGUGCCAGAUCAUCUCUUUCAUCUGUUGUUAAACAAAUUAAUUCACAAUUAAGACAAUUAGUUGUAGAUUUUUCUGAUGAUCUUAUAUGGUUCCAAAACUUUGGUCUUGUUAUAUUUAAUAAUAAUGGAACAACUUUUGAUAAUCAAUAUUAUUCAUCAAUUGAAGAUAUGCAAGCUGCACUUCUUAAUCUUGCUUUAACUUCUAGUAAUGAUAAUUCAGGUGGUUGUUUUGAUACAACAUUUUCUGCUUUAACACAAGCUUUUAAUAGUUUUGUCAUUGGUAAUCGUUCACCUGUUUAUGUAUUUACAGAUGCUUUACCAUCUGACAGAGAAUAUGCUGAUGAUGUUCUUAUGCUUAAUUCAUUUUACCUAGCUCCAAUUUAUAUUUUCCAACUUGAACCAAGUCCAGAUAGUGGUUGUCAAAAAUAUGAUUAUAUGAGUCAAGAAUGGAAUGCACUUGUUAAAAUAACAGAACGUUUCUCUGGAAAUAUUUUCUUUGUUGGUUCAAAUCAAUAUGGUAGUAUUGGAGAUUUCAUUUAUCAACAUAUGUUUAACAUUUAUUAUCGUGGUGAUCUUAUGUAUCAAGAUGAUCCAAUGGAAUGUGAUUAUUUGUAUAAAUAUAAUACAAUUGCUAUUGAUACAUCAUUUCAAAAAAUUGUUAUUGUAGCAACUGGUGAUGAUUUAUUAUUAACAUUAACAAAUCCAGAAGGUAUUGCAGUUACACCAUCAAUAACAACUUUUAUUAAUUCAACAACAAUGUGGAGUUUUUAUGGUCUUGAAAGUGGUCAAUGGCAAUUUAAUAUUCUUAGUAGUGCUUUUGGUAAACCAUGUUCAGUACGUGUUUAUUCUGGAAUUGGACCUGAAUUCCAUCAUAAAAUACCAUCUAGAGCACUUUACUGGGGUUUUACCAAUGAAUUGACAAAUGAUGCACCAAUUAGACAACCAAUUGUUGGUUUAUCUAAUUCUCUUGUUCUUCAUGUUGAUGGAGCUAAAACUGCUGAGAGACAUCGUCUUUCUGCUGAAAUAGUCAUUUAUGAAAAACACAAAGAAGGAAAAAUUCUUAGUUAUGCUGGUAAUGGUUUAUGGAGAGAUGAUUGUAAAUUUGAAAUUUAUUUCCCACCAUUUACUUGUUAUCAUCCUGAUGAAACUUUAUACUUUACUGUCUUUAUGCGUGAUGACAAUGAUUUUAUGAUUCAAAGAUCUGGAGCUAUGUAUUGUGCUUCAUUCCAUCCAACACAAUUACCACCAGGUACAUGUCAAAAUGGAGGUUUUAUGGUAAAUGGAACUUGUGUUUGUCAACCACAAUAUACUGGAAAUUAUUGUGAAAAGAUAAAUUGUUUCAAUGGUGGUACACCAAAAAGAGAUUUCUGUGAAUGUAUAGCUGGAUUUUCAGGACAAUUUUGUGAAUAUACUACUUGUAUAAAUUCUAAUGAAGAAAAUGAUUUUAAUGAUAAAGAUAAAUCAAUGGUAUUCCUUCUUGAUAUUUCAAAUAAUAAUUAUGAUGUAUUAAAAAGAAUUAAUGUUUAUAUGACUACAAUUCUUAGAGAUAUUGUAUCAUCUGGAAGAGAUUGGAUAAAAACAUUUACAGUAAUUGGUUAUGAUAGUACUGGAUAUCAAGUUCUUGGAAUUGGACAAAGAGAUUCUCUUGAAGGAAUUUCUAGAGGAUUUAAUAUGGCACAAAAUAUUUCUUUUUCAGCACCUAAAUCAUGUGAUCCAGUUCAAUUUUGGGAAGCAUUAUCUAUGGCUGCAAUGAUUUCUGACAAUUAUGGAUAUAUUUGGAAUUUCCAAUCUACUCCUUCUAAUGAAGAAUCAUAUUUACCACCUUCUAUGGCUUCUGAAAGAUUACAAAGUAAACAAAUUAUGUUAAAUGCUUUUAUUUCAUCAAAUACAUUAAAUACAUAUUCAUGUAAUGGAAACUCAAAUACUUUCUUAAUUACUAAAGAAGUUUGUGAAAUUACUGAAGGUAUGCUUUAUGAUAUUUCAUCUGUUGAUUUCCAAAAUAUUAUAAAAAUUAUUCCAACAUUCUAUAGUUCUGGUGUUAUUUACCAAAAAACAAUGAAUGAUUGUACAAAUGGAUGUAGUGUUUAUUUCCCACUUGAUGCUCAUACACAAAAUGCUCAAAUUUAUGUUAAAGGUACUCCUAAUGGUAUUCAAACUACAGUAACAAUGCCUAAUACAACACAAAUAUCAAAUUUAACUAAACUUGUUGAAGACACUGUAACUGGUUGGGAAAUUACUGAAUUAAGAAGAGCUUGUCCAAUAGGAUAUGAUGAACUUGGUUCACAAUAUUGUAUUUUAAGAGUUGAUACAAAAUUAAGUUGGACUGAUGCUCAAAGUUAUUGUCAAAAACAGGGUGGUUUCAUUGUUGAUGAUAUGUUCCCAAUAAAAACAGAAUAUUUAAAUCAUAUUAAUGGUAAUAAUCAAAUUUGGAUAGGUCUUAAUGAUCGUGCAUAUGUUGGAACAUAUGCAUGGGAUCGUGGUGUAAUGGAACCACAGACACUAGAUAGUACUGAUUAUACAAAUUGGGCUAAAAAUAUUAGUCUUAGUGAUCGAAAUAAAAGAUGUGUUUACAUGUCUGGUACAUGGAAUCUUGAUGAUUGUUCUACCUUAAAAACUUUUAUUUGCCAAGCACAUAAAUAUGUUGAUGGAUAUGAUCCAAAACCAAAUGAAGAAAGAGCUCUUGUACCAGGUAAAUGGAUUGUUAAUAUUAAAAAUAAAGGAAAAACAACAAUUCAAAUUAGAUCACAAUCUAAAAUUCAAAUGUUUGUUGGUUAUUCACAAUAUCUUCAUGAUGACUAUCCAGAACCAAAUCCACUUUCUGGAACAUCACAAAAUAUGAUGAUGGUACAUCUUCGUGGUAUGGCUGAUUUCUUAAGAGAAACAUUCUUAUAUAAUACUCAAUUGUAUGAUUUAUACAAUGGUGUUAUGUAUUCUGCUGCUACCUUCCAACAACGUUUUGAAUGUACAUAUCAAUGGUCUUCACAACCAUUUGUAUGUCCAAAUUCAAAAUCAGCUAAUAAUGCUUUUACUGCUCUUACAACUGGUAUUGAUGAAUUUGGUUAUACAUUCCAAAGAAUGAAAUCUGCUCAUUGUGUUAAUGCCAUUGAAAGUUGUAAUCAUGGAGGUAUUAUUUAUGAUGGAAAAUGUGUAUGUAAUGAAUAUUGGAGAGGAAAAUAUUGUGAUGAACCAAUUUGUGUUAAUAAUGGAACACUUUCUUAUGAUAAAAAAACAUGUAAAUGUCCAGUUGGUUUCAGUGGUUCAGCUUGUGAAUAUGAUAAUUGUAUUACAAAAUCUCCAGAUUCAAUAUCUUCCAAUGGAAAAUCAUUUGUUUUAGUUUUAGAAAAUACAAAUUUCAAUAUUAAAUCUAUUAAACAAUUACAAGCUAAUCUUUCAUCAAUUCUUAAAUCUGUUAAUUCUUCAUGGUUUAGUAAUUAUGUUAUUGUUUUAGCUGAUUCUACAAAUAAGCCAACUGUACAAGUUUUUAAUAAUGUUCAUGAUUUCCAAACAUAUCUUAUAACUGUAACACCAAAUGAUCUUACAACAUCAUGUAGUUUACCAUUAUUUAAUGCUAUGAUUAAAGGUCUUCAACAAGUUAAUGCUGCACAGUCAAUUGUUUAUACAGUAGCUAGAUCACUUCCAUCAGAUAUUAUUAAUGAAUCUCAAUUUGCUACACUUCUAUCACAACAUCAACCACAAUUAUAUUAUCAUGCAAUUACAUCAGAUUCUGGAUGUAAUAUAAGUUACAGUGACCCACUUGCAGUUAGAAUUCAAGCAUAUGCCCUCAUUUCAAGUGGUAAUUUAAUUGCAACAUCAGCUGGUACUCUUGGAAACUUUUUAGCUUCUUAUAUUCCAUCUCUUUAUAAAGGAAAUGUUCUUACUAAUCCAAGUGUUAUGAGUACAUCAUGUAACUCAUCAAAUGUUCAUUAUCUUUUAGUUGAUUCAUUUACAACAGAUAUCUUUGUAACAAUGUAUUCAAAUUAUCCAUCAGUUUCAAUUAUUUCUCCAUCAGGAAGUAUUGAAAAACUUGUUACUGCAUAUAAAGAUUCAUCAUCUAUACCAAAUCCAAGACUUUAUCUUUAUCAAUAUCCAAAUGUUCAAGAACUUGGUAUUUAUACACUUUCAUUCCAAGGUAGUGGUUCAUGUUAUGUACAAGUAAGAAGUUCAGGUGCUUCAGAAUUAUAUUUAGGUUAUGUACCAACACCAUCAAUGGAUAAUAAUAUUGGAAGACAUCUUGACAAUACUACUUCAACACCAACUGGUACUUAUAAUAUGAUUGUUGGAAAAGUUGUAGGUGAAUUUGCUAAAAUUACAUAUGCUGAAAUUUAUAAUACAUAUACUGGUGAAUUCCAAUAUUUAAAAUUCUAUUUAAGAGAACAUUGUACACAUAACUUAUAUUCUGAUCCAUUUAAAUGUACAGAAGGUGAAAUGAUUAUUAAAUAUUUUGGUGUUGAUAUGUUUGGAUUCCCAUUAGUAAGAGAAGGAUAUACAGUAUGUCUUCAAAAUGGUAUACCAACAAUUGAACCACCAGGUCCAACACAAUCAAUUCCUUCUGGAGGAACAACUCCAAAAUCUAUACAAACACUACCACCAUCACAAUCAUCAUCAAAAUCUCCACAAUUAACAACUAAAAAUAAUUCACCUCAAUCUACACCAAUUCCAUCAACAAACUUUAAAAAUGAUAAAGCUAAUAUAUUUUUUAUUAUUGAUACAUCAACAGCAUUACCAAGUUCAUCAUUUGAUUCCGUUAUAUCAACUUUUGUAGCUAGUACAUUAAUUAAGUUUUCAAUAAAUCCAAAUUACAUAAAUGUUGCUUUAUCAGGAUCUCCUGGUAAUAAUAAUAUUUGGUUAACAUUACCAACAUUUAAUACAUUUACUUCAAUUACUAUGUUAGAUACAACAAUAAUUAAUCUUUUCCAUCCAGUAGAUGGUCCACAAUCAGCGGGACAAAAUGGAUUAGCAGCUAUUAUAAAUGAAGGAACAAAUCAAAAUUUCCUUUCUACAGGAUAUUCAAAUUCACAAAUACCACAUUUGAUAUUUUAUAUAACAACAUCUUCAACACCAAAUCAAGAUGCUGUUACAGCAGCUGCUAAUGUAAGAACAUCCAAAUAUUUCCAAUUUAUUUCUAUUAGUUAUGGUGGACAACAAUCUAACUAUAAUACAUUAAAAUCAAUGUCUGAUUGUACUUAUACUCCAACUAAUUUUGGUGAUCUUAAUAAUUUAGCUAAUACCAUUUCUAGUAAUAUUCAUAGUGCAUACAAUAAUGGUGGUAUUUAUAUGUGUUAA